AUGUCACCACAUGUUUUUAUAAAUCUUCGGGCGGCCGAUAAGAAGACUUCAUGCCCUCUUCCUCGUUCUUUCUCCUUCUCUUCUUCUCCUUCAUUUACUCAUUCUCUUCCUCCUCCUCAUACUUCGCCUUCUCUUCUCUUUCUCUUUCUGCCUCUUCUUCUUCACUUUUUUCUGCUUCCUCCGUUCAUCCUCCUCCUCCCCCCAUUUUAUCUCUUCUACAUUUCCUUCACCUCUAUCCCUUUUUUUCCUGUUUGCGAUCCUCCUUCCUUAUCCUUCACUUUCUUCUCCCUUCCUUACUCCUUCGCCUUCACUUAUUCUCCUUCUCCCUCUCCCCAAUCCAUCGCCUAA